GAAUAAGGACAAAAUUUCCUGUAACCUUUCAGCUUUGCUCAACAAGGCAGCUAAGGAAUCAGACGGAGUUCAAGCAUAGUCCACUGGCUUGCACAGAAAAGAGGAAACCAUGUCCACAGCAGGAAAAGUCAUUAAAUGCAAAGCCGCUGUUCUUUGGGAGUUGAACAAGCCCUUUUCCAUUGAAGAAGUAGAAGUUGCCCCACCCAAGGCCAAUGAAGUUCGUAUUAAGAUUAUUGCAACAGGAAUCUGCCGCUCAGAUGACCAUGUGGUAGCUGGAUUAUUAGCAUACCCAGUCCCAAUAAUCCUGGGGCAUGAGGCUGCAGGGAUUGUGGAGAGCGUUGGAGAAGGAGUGACUUCUGUGAAACCAGGUGACAAAGUCAUUCCACUCUUUACUCCACAGUGCAGACAAUGCACAGUUUGUAAGCACCCGGUUGGCAACUUAUGCAAAGGAAAUGCACUGAAUCACCGUGAUGUCACCUUAAAGGAAGGUACCACCAGAUUUACCUGCCGAGGAAAGCCAAUUAAUCAUUUUCUUAGCACAAGCACCUUUUCUGAGUAUACAGUGGUAGAUGAAAUCUCAGUCGUAAAGAUCGAUUCAUCCGCUCCUCUGGAAAAAGUUUGCUUGGUUGGCUGUGGAUUUUCCACUGGUUAUGGUUCUGCAGUAAAGGUUGCCAAGGUCACCCCUGGAUCUACUUGUGUUGUCUUUGGCCUGGGAGGCGUUGGCUUGUCAGUAGUCAUAGGCUGCAAGGCAGCUGGAGCCUCCCGGAUCAUUGGGGUAGACAUCAACAAGGACAAAUUUGCAAAGGCCAAGGAGGUAGGUGCUACUGAGUGUGUCAACCCUCUGGACUACAAGAAACCCAUUCAAGAUGUUCUGAUUGAAAUGACCGACAAUACCAUUGAUUUUUCAUUCGAAGUUAUUGGACGCCUGGACACAGUGACAGCUGCCCUAUUAUCCUGCAAUGAUGCUUAUGGAGUUUGUGUCAUUGUGGGCGUUCCUCCUGGUUCCCAAACUAUUUCUAUCGACCCUCUGCUACUUUUGACUGGACGCACCUGGAAAGGAGCUGUUUUUGGAGGUUUUAAAAGCAAAGAUGAUGUCCCCAAGAUAGUCUCUGAUGUUUUAAGCAAGAAAUUUAACUUGGAUCCAUUAAUAACACAUGUUUAUAAUUUUGAUAAGAUCAAUGAAGGAUUUGAUCUGCUACGCUCAGGAAAGAGCAUUCGCACAGUUCUGAAAAUGUGAGACCAAUAAGACAGCCCCAUCUGGAAGCCUCUUUUUGUUCGAUUUUGCCAGCAUUCUUAUCAUACCACUGUGGAGUAGCAAGAAAUCAAUAAAAGCUUUCAAUAAUUAUUAAAUGGAAGUAUGAGGCCAACAUUAGUGAUUAGUAUGAAAGGAUUUUUAAGACAAUGUCUCAGAUUUAUGUUAAAGUAAAAGGAAAUGACAAAAAUCAACGGGGAACUUGGUAGAAAGUCAUACUUCUCAGUUGGCUCAUUGCUAAGCAUUGGAUCUUAAACAACCUCCAACUUUCAGUCAAGGGGUAGGAAAGCAUCAAUAUCCAGGCCCCUUCUUCAUUGGUGGGACAUUACACUUACAGUAUUCUGCCAUUCAGCUUUCUUCCUUUUUCUCAUCAGCAAAGGUUUGGAGAUUCAAUCAAAAUAUUUCAAUAUGUAAAUGACAAAUUGAUGAGAGGAAAUUUUUUUUUCUUUGUGUUUCCUUUUCUCACCCCAAAUGGGCUCAUCUUUUAACUGAACACAGGUUACCAUGCAACAUGGGAUAACUGAAGGAAUAGAAAAUAACACUGAUGGAAUAUUACUGCCAGUAUAUUCAAAGGGGCUUUUGUAUUUAUAGGCAAAAGUAAAUUGUCUUAUUAACUAAAUAUGAAUUAAAAAUGAGACAUAGUUAAGUUAGUCACACAAGAUAUGAAAUUAAAGAAGCUGCUUGAUAUACUUCAAUUCAAUAAACAUUUAUUAAGUA